CGGCUUCACAAAAUGGCCGCAGCUCCCAACAUCUGCCGUCACUCGACCUACCGCCACCUCGGUGUCACCCCUCUUUCUGCUUAGCUCCACAUUCAGGAAGACUGCGAGGAAGAGCAGGGGCAGAGGUAGACCAAGGACAUCCCGCAGCCCCGGGAAUCCGAAAAGGAAGAAGCGAAAGAGCGCUAGAAAGAAAGAAGGGCGGAAGUGGGGGCACGGGGAAGAAAGGGGCGCGCACAGGCCUAGGUUACACGGUGAGGCCUCAGAGCUGGCAGAAAGCGGGAGACCAGUUUUCAUGAGAUCUCAAGAACUCCGAGACUGAGGCCGGGGUACUUACAGAAACACAGUAGAGGGCAGGGAAGCGAAGCUCGAGCGAACUAGGACCAUACUUGGCGCUUUGAGCUCCAGCCGACCGGACUGAGGAGAAAGGAAAUCCCGCGAGACUUGGCAGGACUCGGUCGCCGCGGCUCAGCCGGGGCAGUCGGAGGCGCCGUCUUCGUGCUGACGCAGCGGCCUUUCCAGUGGGCGCAUCUGGCCGGUGGCCGCGCCAGAGCUGAGCUUCUGGGCUGAGAAGGCCUCGGUGGUGAGUCAAACACUCGCUCCUCAGCGAAAGACUCCGAGUCGUUGGUGCUCCUCAGGAAUGAGUCAUGUGGUGAUGGAAAACACUCUCGGGCUGGAUCAGCAGUUUGCCGGCCUAGAACUGAACUCUCCCGAUAGUCAGAGUGGCGAAACCACAGCCAGCAAAGGGCGCUACAUCCCUCCUCAUUUAAGAAACAGGGAAGCUACUAAAGGGUUCUGUGACAAACUCAGUUCAGGCUGGAGCGCCAGUAAAGAGAAGGAUGCAUACAGCAGUUUUGGGUCUCGUAGUGAUUCAAGAGGGAAGUCUAGUUUCUUCAGUGAUCGUGGGAGUGGAUCAAGAGGAAGGUUUGAUGAUCGUGGGAGGAGCGACUAUGAUGGCAUUGGCAGUCGUACUGACAGAAGUGGCUUUGGCAAAUUUGAACGCGGUGGCAACAGUCGCUGGUGUGACAAAUUAGAUGAAGAUGAUUGGUCAAAACCACUCCCCCCAAGUGAACGCUUGGAACAGGAGCUCUUCUCUGGAGGUAACACUGGGAUUAAUUUUGAGAAAUAUGAUGAUAUUCCAGUUGAGGCAACAGGCAACAACUGUCCUCCACACAUUGAAAGUUUUAAUGAUGUCAGGAUGGGAGAAAUCAUCAUGGGAAAUAUUGAGCUUACCCAUUAUACCCGCCCUACUCCAGUGCAAAAACAUGCCAUCCCAAUUAUCAAAGAGAAAAGAGACUUAAUGGCUUGUGCCCAAACGGGAUCUGGAAAAACUGCAGCAUUUCUUUUGCCCAUCUUGAGCCAAAUUUACUCAGAUGGUCCAGGUGAGGCUUUGAAGGCCAUGAAGGAAAAUGGAAGAUAUGGGCGCCGCAAACAAUACCCGAUCUCCUUGGUGUUGGCACCAACUAGAGAAUUAGUAGUGCAGAUCUAUGAGGAAGCCAGAAAAUUUUCAUACCGAUCUAGAGUUCGUCCUUGUGUAGUUUAUGGUGGUGCUGAUAUUGGUCAGCAGAUUCGAGACCUAGAACGUGGGUGCCACUUGCUAGUAGCUACACCAGGACGGCUAGUAGAUAUGAUGGAAAGAGGAAAGAUUGGGUUAGACUUCUGCAAGUACUUGGUGUUAGAUGAAGCUGAUCGAAUGCUGGACAUGGGGUUUGAACCUCAGAUACGUAGAAUAGUUGAACAAGAUACUAUGCCUCCAAAGGGUGUCCGCCACACAAUGAUGUUUAGUGCUACUUUUCCUAAGGAAAUACAGAUGCUGGCUCGUGAUUUCUUGGAUGAUUAUAUCUUUCUAGCUGUCGGAAGGGUUGGCUCUACCUCUGAGAACAUCACACAGAAAGUAGUUUGGGUGGAAGAAUCAGAUAAACGGUCAUUUCUACUUGACCUUCUAAAUGCAACAGGCAAAGAUUCGCUGACUUUAGUGUUUGUGGAGACCAAAAAGGGUGCAGAUUCUUUGGAGGAUUUCUUAUACCAUGAAGGAUAUGCUUGUACCAGUAUCCAUGGAGAUAGAUCACAGAGAGAUAGGGAGGAAGCUCUUCACCGGUUCCGCUCAGGAAAAUGCCCAAUUCUAGUUGCUACAGCAGUAGCAGCAAGAGGACUGGAUAUUUCAAAUGUGAAACAUGUUAUCAAUUUUGACUUGCCAAGUGACAUAGAAGAAUAUGUACACCGCAUUGGCCGCACUGGCAGAGUAGGAAACCUUGGCCUUGCUACUUCAUUCUUUAAUGAAAGGAAUAUAACUAUUACUAAAGAUUUGUUAGAUCUUCUUAUUGAAGCUAAACAAGAAGUGCCAUCUUGGUUAGAAAACAUGGCUUAUGAACACCACUACAAAGGUAGCAAUCGUGGACGUUCUAAGAGUAGUAGAUUUAGUGGAGGGUUUGGUGCCCGAGACUAUCGACAAAGUAGCGGUGCCAGCAGUUCCAGCUUCAGCAGCAAUCGCACAAGCAGCAGUCGCAGUGGUGGAGGCAGCCACAGCAGCAGCAGAGGAUUUGCCGGAAGUGGCUAUGGAGGAUUUUACAACAGUGAUGGUUAUGGAGGAAAUUAUAACUCCCAGGGGGUUGACUGGUGGGGUAAUUGAGCCUGCUUUGCAGUAGGUCACCCUACCAAACAAGCUAAUAAGGAAACCACAUGUAACUUAGAAUGUAUCUUGUAUAGUUUCAAGAACUCGCAGUACAUUAUUAGCUAUGAUUCUCCACUGAAAUUUUUUUUUUUUGUAAGGGAGCUCAACAUCACAUCGAGAGAUAAAAGAAACAAUCAGCAGUCCUGCUUGGAAGGUGGUUUGAAGACAUCAUUGCUGUAGUUUGGAUUAACUCUCCUCCCAUCUACCUCCAUCCCAAACUAUAAUUUUGUGACUGAGGGUCAUUUCUUAAUGUACUGUGUCUUUAACUUUAGACAACUUUUUAUUUUGAUGUCCUGUUGGCUCAGUAAUGCUCAAGAUAAAUCGAUUGUUUUGACAAAAUAAAUUUACUGAACUUCAACUGAAACUAAA